AUGGGCUUUGAAAAAAACCACAGCAAAGCUUACAGCAAGUACAAACCAGUUGAAAAACUCGCUGAAGGUGAGAGCCGUUACGACAUAAAAAUCCAUAAAAAGUGUGCUGGUGCUUUGCGAUGCCUCAGUCUGCAAUGCAAAAGACCUGAAUGGGUCAAGAAUCAAAGACCUCCUGUUGACUGGAAAGACGAGCUUGGCUGCCUCAAAAAGUUUCAAUGCCCAUACUGUGAGGCGCCAUUGAAGCGGAUCGACUGUGGUGUUGGUGCAACUUUCACCUUCCGUGUAACUGAUAUUCGCAGAGAAGACAGAGGUAGUACAGUUACAAUGUAUCAAGAGACAACCGAGAAAAAAAAACACACACACACUGUAUCUACAACUCGCUUCAUCUUGAUAGACACGAAAAAAAAAGACUUAAAUAAUAUGGUAAAAGAUAGACCAAACAUCACUGCUGCUGCUGCCAUUGCUGGCAUCGAUCCAUCUACUGGCGCCAUCACGAAAAGCGUCAGAGAAAUCAACAGUGUAAUGGCAAAUCAUGGACGCACCAAGUAUGAGAUCCGGAAGUCUAAGGUCCAAUAA